CUCGGAAAAAGACACCUCCAAGUUUCACGGCUCGUCACAGACUAACGGUGCGCAUGCGCCUAUCCCAGCAACCACCGCGAUCCAUCAUGGCCGUCCGAGUCUGAUCCGGAAUCCGCGAGUCGCCGGGUUGUCAGUUUUUCAGUAAUUUAAAAGAACAACAAAGAAACAGUUUUAAAGAUGCCAAAGAAGAAGACAGGAGCCCGGAAGAAGGCGGAGAAGCAGAAGAUGAGACAAAAGGAGAUCAGACAGGCCAAGGACAAUGUCAGCAUUGUGGAUCAUCCCUGUAACUUUGUUAUGGAAUGUGACAAAUGUAGAAGGAGACAGAAAACAAGAGCGUUCUGUUAUUUCUGUUCGUCUGUUCAAAAACUGCCUGUUUGUGCAAGCUGUGCAAAAACCAAAUGUAUGAUGAAGUCCGGGGACUGUGUAAUCAAACAUCCAGGCCAGUAUACCACAGGGAUGGGGAUGGUGGGUGCAAUCUGUGACUACUGUGAGGCCUGGGUGUGCCAUGGUAGGAAGUGCCUGUCCACACAUGCCUGUGAGUGUCCACUGCAGGAUGCCUUGUGCCUGGAGUGUGAGAGAGGGAUCUGGGAUUCAGGUGGCAGGUUUUUCAAGUGUGCCUAUUGUGACAACUUCCUGUGUGAGGAUGACCAGUUUGAACACCAGGCUAGCUGUCAAAUCUUGGAGGCAGAGAACUUUAAAUGUGUGUCCUGUAACAGACAUGGCCAGUACUCCUGCAUGAGAUGUAAGACUGCCUACUGUGAUGACCAUGUGAAGAGGAAGGGUGCUAAGAUCACCAAGGGCCAGCCUGUCACCUGUCCAAAGUGUGGACACGAAACCAAGGAAACCAAGGAUCUCAGCGUCUCAACGAGGAAUUAUGACUACGGGAGGCAGACAGAAGAUGACGAGGCUUCAGGAGGCUGGGGUUACGCCUCCUAUGGGGGGUACGGUGGAUACAGCUACGGCAAUGCAGAUGAUGAUGAUGAUGAUGAUGAUGAUGAGUCAGAAGAAGAGGAUGAGGAAGAAGACGUCUCCAACCCCCUGUCUGACCUCAACCUGGGUGCCACCUACGCUGGGGGGUAUCAAGAAGAAUAUAACAAAUACGAGGACUGAGGGAAAAGCUUUUCCUUUUACUCCUUGUAUGAAAGUCAGAUUACACACAACUAUCUCUGUGAAUUGUUGGAAGUUUACAUAGUCAAGAAGUACAAGAGAAAAUUCUUGUGGAACGACGUUCCUAAGCUGCUGCAAGUGCCAACGAAUGCAUGCCUCUAGUUGAAAUUAUAGCAAGUUAUUUAGAUACAAUGAUCAGGAUAUUAAUAUGCCAUAGCAUAAUCUUCCUGCUGAAAGUUAAUGUUU